AUGGGAGGCCACCAAGGAGACCCAUGGCAGAGGCAUCAUGGGAAGCCCUACCGCCAACCGCCCAGAAGAGAAUUCAGGAAUCAUCCCGCCAAUGAAGACCUCACGCCAUUAAACGCCUCAAAAGUUUACGUCUUAAACGAAAUUCUGGCCACUGGUUUGGCCAGCCUCCCCCCAAGGAGAACCAGUAACAUUCCCAUGGGGCUGGACGAUAACGCCUGGUGCGCAUAUCACAGGUGUAGAGGUCACUCCACAGAAAAAUGCUUCCGCUUAAGAGAUUUAAUCGAAGAACUGAUAAAAAGCGGACACCUUCGCAAAUUCAUUGACGACGCCGCCCAAGGGCGGGUUGUCGUGCCAAAAGUCCCCCGACAGGAGCCACGAGACCCUCCUGGGCCAAAUAGAGAGCCUCCCAAGGGGAGAAUCUCCGUGAAUACAAUAGCAGGAGGAUUCUCAGGCGGGGGCGAAUCAAGCUCAGCAAGGAAAAGGUAUGUACGCCGAGCCAUCUCGGAAAUAUACCUCGUAAGUCAACCCCAGCCAUUAGACGUACCAGAUUUGGCGUUCACUGCAAAGGAUGGUAUGGAGGUAGCACCUCAUGACGAUGAUCCAUUAGUGAUACAAGUCCAAAUUUUGAACUGUGACGUAAAAAGGGUAUUGAUAGACUCAGGGAGUUCAGCGGACAUUAUGUACUGGGAAGCUUUCAAGGCCAUGCAAUUGGCAGAAGAGCAACUGCAGCCAUACUCCGGAACCCUGGUUGGGUUCUCUGGCGAACAGGUGGAUGUAAUGGGCUAUGCCUCUCUUCUUACCACGUUUGGAGAAGGCAGCAACGCCAAAACUAUCAAGGUGCGAUACCUGGUAGUUAAAACUCCUUUUACCUCCUAUAAUAUUAUUAUAGGAAGGCCCGCCUUUAACACAUUAGGGGCGGCCAUGUCCACUCUAUACCUAGCAAUAAAAUACCCCCUUGAGAAUGGGGGAGUAGGAACAGUAAGGGGCGAUCAGAUUCUCGCCAAGAAAUGCUACGAAUCCAGCUUAAAGAUACGACACCGAACUUCCAGCGCAAGCGGAAAAUUCGAAAGAAAACAGGCCGCAAUUCCAGGCGGCAUAAACAUCAUAGAGAGCGCAGAUAUGGAUCCGAGGGAGGAAUUUCAGGAUCGAAGGGUAAGUCCUAUAGAAGACUUGGAGCAGGUUCAAAUUGGCAAUGACCCACACCAGACAACCAGCUUGGGAACAGCAUUGCCCAGCGAAGAGAGGAGACGAAUCAUCAAAAUCUUGAAGGAUAACGCUGAUCUAUUCGCAUGGAAGCCUUCGGAUAUGCCAGGGAUAGACGAAGGGAAAGUCGAAGAUGUCACAGGUGCAAGGACAAAAGUUUCCUAG